AUGGCGACUGUCGCGAGCGCACGCUAUAAUGAAUGCGCCUACUUGGGAGGACUACAGCCGAAAUGCUGGAAACUGGCGGUGAGCACAUUGGUUGAUGACGUGUGGGCGGCACUUGUCGCUGGAGAUUGGUAUCAGGGUAAAGACGACAAAAGGUCCCGUCGGCCAGAUUUUGGUACGGAACUGAGUUUCACAUCUCCCGCACCGCCCUCGUACACCCAACCGCCACCGUCUUACGAAGAUGCCGUCAGCGAUUUGCCGCCGGGAUAUGAUACUCUGGAUGCGCUUGCACAGCGGCAGACUGGUAUGCUGCCAGUCGCGCUGCCGUUGCUGGUUGAGAAGUCGAAGCCCAAGCCAAUGGAUUUCGAUUUGCCCUCCGCAUUGAAAGAUCGGAAGACAGAUGCUCAUAUUGACUUCGAAAGUUUGGUGGGCAUCCGGGAACAUAAGAAGAAGUCUGGUGGAGCGAAGAAGAAGGGAGUGCCUAUGUCGUUGACUCCGGCGGCAAACUCAGGUGGCUCGGAUGGGGCAGAGAAUGACCCACCCAAUGACGGAGGCAGUGGUGAUGCUGGUGGAGGUGGAGAUUCUGGGUCUAAGAAGAAAACCAAGAAGGAAGAGGAGGAAGAGGCAGAACGACUUGCCAAAGAAGAGGAAGAGCGCAAGGCCGCCGAAGCAUCUGCCGAUAACAAUCUCAGCUGGGCUGAUGGCGGUGAUGGCGGUGAUGACUGGGCUGGGAUUGGAAAGAAGAAGAAAGGCAAAAACGAUGCACCGAUGGACAACUUUCAGGAUAUCGGUUUGGACGACGGUGCACCACAGCUCGACUUGAAUUUCGACACAGGCGCUAAAACUAGCGGGACUGGUUUUGGCUUUGGCGGAUGGGGCAAAUCCUGGAAUACUGGGAGUUCCGGCGACAAUAUGGGACUUGGGGCCAUUGGUGAGUCCGCCUCCAAAGAGGGAUCGAAAGAUACAAACCCCUGGGGAAUCGGCAAGAGUCAAUCAAAGACCCCUGGCGGGUUUGACUUCGGUGAUCUGGGAUCUCCUCCGGCCAAGGACUGGGAGUCUUGGGAUAAUCCAAAGGACAGUAAAAAUUUGCUUGAUCCGGAGCCCGAACCUGAGCCCAUUGCAGAGCCCGAACCUGUGUCUGAAUCUGAGCCUGAGCCUGAGCCCAUUCCGGACAUCACAAAGGAAGCGUCAUACCUUGCUCUUAACAGCAAAGACAAACGCAAGGCGAAGAAGGAAUAUGAAAAGAAGGUCAAGGAUGCUAAGGCGGAGGCCGAUGCUAGGGCGGAGGCAAGAGCGGAACGCAAGGCAGCCAAAGCAGCCAAGCAGGAGGAAGAGCGCCUAGCAAAGGAAGCGGAAGCCAUGAAAGCUCAAGAGGAAGCAGAACUAAAAGCCAAGGAGGAGGAAGAAGCUAAGAAAGCCCAGGAAGAAUCCAAUGACUGGGGCUGGGGAAUGACAGCUAAGAAAGACAAGAAAAAGAAAAUCGAUCUUCUGGCUGAUCCUUUGCCCGCGCCAGAUCCCCCCUCCAAUAGCGGAUGGAUGGGUGACUGGGGAACCACUGGGAAGUCGAAGAAGUCCAAGGACCCAGAGCCACUUCCCGAACCCUCCAAGGAAGAUGAAUGGUCUGCAUGGGGCACUGCUACAACCAAGGAAAAGAAGAAGGGUAAGGGGAAAAUCGACAUUGAACCCGAACCCGAGCCUCAGCCUGAGCCGGAACCCGAACCUGAGCCGGAACCAGAACCAGAGCCGGAACCAGAACCCGAACCUGAACCUGAACGAGAGCCACUCGACCCUCUUUAUGAUGAUUGGACUACUAUAAGUUCAAAGGAAAGAAAGAAGCGAGAGAAGCAAUUGGUCCGUAAAGGACUUCCUAUCCCUGGCAAGGAUGGCUUUGAGCUUCCAUCUGAUAAAGGAUCUGAGCCUGAGCCUGAGCCAGAGCCAGAGCUUGUACCUGAGCCGGAGCCAGAACCAGUGCCGGAACCUGAACCUGAACCGGAGCCAGAGCCAGAGCCAGAGCCAGAGCCCGAACCGGUGAAGCCAGUUGAAGAAGAUACUUGGGGUGGAUCUUGGGGUGUUACUAAGACGACCAAGAAGAAAAAGAAGGGCAAGGAUAUUGAAGAACCACCACCUCGUGCACCCACUCCUCCUCCUCAAAGUCUAACUCCGGAGCCAGAGACAUUUAAUGAUGGGGCUGACGAUAUCUGGGCAGAACUUGCCCCAAAAACCUCCAAGAGCAAGAAGACAAAGAGUAUCGAGCCACCGAAAGAAGAGAAACCCGCAGCUAAGGGCUUUUGGGCUACGAUUACUGGAGGAUCAGCACCUAAAAAGUCGACGAAGAAAGACGAAGCGCCACCAGAAGAGGACCUUUUGAUUGACGUUGAAGACGAUCCCCUUCCGGAGCCAGAACCCGAACCCGUACCUGAACCGGAGCCGGAGCCAGAACCUGAGCCAGACCCAGAGCCAGAGCCAGAACCUGAACCAGAGCCAGAACCGGAGCCAGAGAAGCCCAAAGCCAAGAGCAAAGCCAAACUAUCUGUUGCCGAGCGUAUCAAGGCCUUGGAGCAAACCAAAAAAGACAAGAAGGAGGGUUCUAAGUCAAAGUCCAAGGAGAAAAAGCCUGAACCCGAACCGGAGCCAGAACCUGUCAUCGAAGAACCAGUGAAGAGUUCCAAGUCUAAAAGACAUGAACAGGAAGCCAAUGAUGAAAGAGAGAAAUCAAGAGACUCUGUCCCUGGUAGCUUCCCUGACGAGCCUCCUGCUGAGCCUGAACCAGCACCUGAACCAGAACCAGAGCCCGAGCCCGAACUUGAACCGGAUCCAGUGCCAGAGCCAGUGCCAGAGCCAGUGCCGGAAUCUGAACCUUCAGGUCCUGAUCUGUCUAAGAUGACUAAGAAAGAGCUGAAGAAAUACAAGAAGGCCCAAGCGGCAGCCGAAGCCGCCAAGGAGUUUGCUCCGCCCCCACCCCCAGAAGCGCCGGAACCCCCGGCGCCGGAGCCCGAGCUUGAGGCUGAGGCUGAGGCCCAUCCAGCUGAAGACGUUGAUGACGGAGCUCCCCCGACACCACCCCCUGAGGAACCUGAGGAACCUGAAGAGCCUGAAGAAAAGCCUUCUAAAUCUUCUAAAAAAGAUCGCCCACGCGCUGAACGUAAUAACACGUCUUCUGGUUGGGGAUUUUGGGGUGCGUCGCCAGCACCAAAGAAAUCCAGUAAAAAGGAAUCAAAGCCUCCAAAGGAUCCAGAACCGGAAAUAGAGCCAGAGCCAGAACCUGUCGCUGAACCUGAACUUGAACCUGAGCCAGAAGCCGAACCUGAGCCUGAGCCAGUGCAGGAUCCGGAACCAGAGCAGGCGGAAGUACCAGCCCCUGAACAGGAGGCGCCCAAGGAAGUUCGGUCCUCCAAAGAGAAAAAGAAGUCUUCCAGGGACAAAGAGUCGCCUUCCAAGGAAAAAGAAUCCAAAAGGAAAGAUAAAAGUCGACCGGAACAGUCUUCCACUCCUGUCCGUUCGAAGUCGACAAAAUCUCGACCACAGGAGCCAGAGCAAGACAUAGAAAAAUCCUCAACAUCAGACCGAGAGAAGCGGCGAGAGCGCGAGGCACGUGCCUCGAAGCAGCAGCGUGCCACAACCUUGUCCAACUUCAUUCUUGGCGCUCCUCCAUCUGCGCGAACUAAAUCGACUCGUAAGCCGGCCACAUCAAAAUCCGCAUCCAGGCCAGUUUCACGGCGACCAUCAGUUGAUAUGGAUGGCGAGGGUUCCAUGCCAUCUCCACCGCCGGACGAUAUGCCUUUGCCCGACAAGGCAGCUAAGUUGAUGGGCAUGAGUGGUUCAAAAUCAAAGCGUGAACGCCCAAAGACAGAGAGACGAAAAUCAGCGCGAGAUCCGUAUGCGAUCGAAGAUGACGACAUGGUCAUGGUUGAUCGUGAAGAUGCCGAUGGUCAAUCGCCUAAGGAGGGUUCCAAAGGAUCUGCACCGUCAAGGCGGAAGUCCAGGAGAGAGUCGCGCCCAAGGCCGGACGAUGAGGAUCCUGUCAUGGUUGAUGCAGAUGGGCCAGACGACGCUGUGCUUGUCGAUGCCCCAAGAGACCCUAGAGAGAGACGCUUAAAGCGUGCUAACACAGCUCCACCAAAGAAGCAGGAUUCCGGCGGUUUGAUGGGCAUGUUUAAUUCCUUCCGAAAGAAUACUCGUCCAGAACGCCCGGAACGUCCGGAAAUGCCUGACCGACGAAAGUCCCGCUCAUAUCGCGACGAUGAAGCAAGGAAUAUGACUGAGCCAGAGCGCGACGAUCCUCGACGACCGCGACGUGAUGACCGUCGUCGUCGUUCAGUUCGACCGGACACAGAUGUAGAAGGAUUCACCACUGAUGCUGCCGGUGCGGCGGUAGGUGACACAGAAGCUGAAGAUGCUGAAGCUCGUAGGGCAGCUCGGCGAGCGAAGCGUACAUCUCGACAGGCCCCCUCUGACACCCGCGAGGUGGAAGCACGGGAAGCCGAAGAACGGCGUGCCAGGCGUAAGGAAAAAGAGAGAGCACGUGAGCAGCAAGCUAAAGAAGAGGAAGAAGAGCGCCGUCGUAUCCGCCGUGCAGCACGAGAAGAGCGACGUGCCCGCGAAGAACAAGAAGCCCGCGAAGCCGAAGCCCGUGCAGCCGAAGCCGCAGCUGCAGUCGAAGCCGCCGCCGAGGCAAAGGCAGCUGAACGCCGCGAACGCCGACGUAUGCGCGAAGAAGAAGAACUGGCCGCCAAGGCCAAACGCCGACGCUCACGCGCCGAAGACCCUCCUCCGCAACAAAACUUUUACCCUCCCGAAGAGCGCCGACGUGGAUCCCGCACUGCUGAUGACUCGAAGUCCCGUCGCAGACCCAGGCCCAUCAUUCCAGAUACCCCGGAGGAGCCUGAGCCUGUUAUGGCGGGCGGUCUGAACCACGGCAAGCCGAAGAAGGAUAAGACAUCCUCGUGGGUGUACUCCCAAGCUGAUGAACCGCCAGAGCCCCCGCAAAUCGUCCCAACUUUCAUCGAUAUGCCUCCGGCCGCGGCUGCAGCUGCAGACAACCUCAAUGCACACUCUCUGUCGUCGGAUGAAGAAGCUCGCCGUGCUGUUCGUCGCCGAGCCCGCCGUCGUGCCAAAUAUGGUGACAUGGCUGAUGAGGAGAUCGAUGAGAACCGUUCCCGUCGGCAGCCAUCGCGUCGUGAUCCCAAGAGCAGCUCUGGCAGUGGCGACUACGAGCGUGAUCGAGGUAUGAGAUCGCAUGGAAGUCGACAGGGUAACCCUGUUCCUACAACCCCAACCUCUGGAGCGAAGAAGUCAAGCUGGUUGCGCAAACUUGCCAAUUUCUAA